AGCCGGCUGCCGCGCAGGCGCCCUAGGCCUGCGGCCGCCCUGGCCGGGUUUCCGCUCGCCGUGGGGUCAUGGUGCCGCCGCCGCCGCUGUCGCCGCCUCUUUGCACGCUGCCGCCGGGCCCCGGGCCCCCGCGCUUCGUGUGCUUUUGCGAGGGGGAGGGAAGCGAGGACGGGGGCCCUGGCGACUUCAACCUCUAUGUGACCGACGCCGCGGAGCUUUGGAGCACCUGCUUCACGGCGGACAGCCUGGCGGCCCUCAAAGCCCGUUUUGGCCUGAGUGCGGCUGAGGAGAUCACCCCCCGGUUCAGGGCAGCUUGCGAGCAGCAAGCUGUGACUUUCACCCUGCAGGAGGACGGAGCGUCCCUAACCCUCUCCGGGGGGCCCUCAGCACUGGACUUUGACCUCUCCAAGGUGCCGGGCCCAGAGGCAGCUUCCAGGUUGCAGGCGCUGACACUGAGCCUGGCCGCCCAAGUGUGCACCUUGAAGAGCCAGCUGGCAGGUGGGGUGGGGAGGGCGUGCCCUGAGUCCUCACUAGGGCCCCCCUGCUCGUGCCUUCACUCUUGUCUUUCUUCCCCAGCUGUGGAGGUGACAGCUGCCAGCCCCAGAAAGAGCCCUUGUCUGGUGGGGUCUCAGCUCUUCUUACCAGACCCGGAUCCUCAGAGAGGCGGCCCUGGACUCGGGGUCAGGAGGCGGUGUCCAGGAGAGUCCCUCAUCAACCCUGGCUUCAAGAGUAAGAAGCCAGCCAGCGGUGUAGACUUUGAGAGCCCCUGAAGGUGCAGCAGAGUGUGACCCUGCCAGGAAUCUGCCUGUGAGGUGGGGAUAGCCUCUGAGACCCCACAAUCGCCACCUGCCCAUCCUGCUGUGCGGUGGGAACACACCUGCUCCUCAAACCCCUUCUCCAUCAAAUAAAUGCUUCCUCAGAGGAA